AUUCUGGACUGCUUAUAUUGCCCCAUCGUCCCGUGUGUUUGGGCGAGGUGAACUUGUAAUUGAUCAUGGAAAAAUUGCUAAGCGGUACUUGAAGUGCUAUUUCAUCAUUGAUUUCCUUGCAGUGCUUCCCCUUCAACAGAUUGUUGUCUGGAGAUUUCUGCAGAGAUCAAAUGGAUCAGAUGUACUUGGCAACAAAGCAAGCAUUAUUUUUCAUUAUUUUGCUGCAAUAUAUUCCUAGGUUCGCCCGAAAUAUGCCACUCACUUCAGAAUUAAAAAGAACUUCUGGUGUCUUUGCUGAAACUGCAUGGGCUGGUGCAGUGUCAUACUUGCUGCUGUCCAUGCUUGCCAGUAUAUAGUUGGGGCUUUCUGGUACUUGUUAUCUGUGGAGCGUAAUGAUACAUGCUGGCAAAAAGCUUGCAAACGCAGAGAAAAUAACUGUACCACUGAUUUCUUAUAUUGUGGAAAUCAAGAUAUGGCUAAUUAUAAUAUCUGGAGCAACAUUAGUGAGAGUGUUUUAAGCUUAGCGUGCCCUGUCGGUGAUGAAGACAAUCCCCCGUUUGAUUUUGGAAUUUUCAGGCAGGCUUUGGCUUCUGAAAUAGUUUCGUCAAAGAAGUUCUUGUCAAAGUAUUGUUACUGUUUAUGGUGGUGGCUGCAGAAUCUGAGUACUCUCGGACAAGGAUUACAAACCAGCAUUUACCCAGGAGAGUCUAUAUUCAGCAUUGCACUAGCCAUAUUUGGACUCAUUCUUUUUGCACUCUUGAUUGGGAAUAUGCAGACAUACCUUCAGUCGCUCACUAUCCGGCUUGAAGAGAUGAGAGUUAAAAGGCGUGACUCAGAGCAAUGGAUGCAUCAUCGCUUGCUCCCACCAGACCUCAGGGAGCAGGUUAGACGCUAUGAUCAGUACAAGUGGUUAGAGACACGUGGUGUGGACGAGCAAAGUUUGGUCGAUAGUUUACCAAAAGAUCUCAGAAGAGACAUAAAACGCCAUCUUUGUCUGGCAUUAGUCAAGAGGGUCCCACUCUUUGAGAAUAUGGAUGAGAGAUUGCUUGAUGCCAUCUGUGAAAGGCUGAAACCUUGCCUAUACACCGAAAGCACUUACAUUGUACAUGAGGGUGAUCCAGUCGAUGAGAUGAUAUUUCUGAUACGAGGCCGCCUCGAGAGUGUUACCACUGAUGGUGGAAGAAGGGGUUAAUUCUUUUUUAGUUAUAGGGGGUUAAUUAAAUUCCAUAAGUGUACUUAGCUUUUUUUAAAUUCCAGCUUUGGGUGAGACGCAUGACCCUCAUAUGUCGCCCAUUAUUGAAACGCAUGACCGUGAUGCGUUUUAGUGUAAGACGCAUGACCUUAAUGCGUCUUUCAUUUUAUUUUAAUUGAACGAUGCAUGACGCACAUGCGUCUUAGGGUAAAACGCAUGACCCACAUGCGUCUCUCUUUCGAAUUAAAUCAGGAGGCAGAAAGCAGAACACAGAACGAGAAACGAAAAAGGCAGCGGUUGGUGUUUUUGUUUCGGUUUUAGUUGAUUUUGUAAAUUAUGGCUUUUGAUGAAAUUCCUCCAAACCAUGUCAUAUGUAAUUAUUCUUUGUGUAACUAAUUAUCAAUUUAUGCUAUGUGUUUUUUGAUGAAA